UGUGCGGGGUCGAGAACCCUCAUUCCGCCGCAAGGGGGAUGACCGCACCACGUUGUGUUAAAUUUGGUCAAGCACCCUCGAGGCAGUUACACAGUGUUUGCAACUGUCUCUGGAAGUGAAAGCACCAGAAAAUAAAUUAAGUCAUACGCGGCUGUCAUCCGUACGCAAGGAAGUAAGCACAAGAUGCCGAACACCCUUAGCAGGAUGCAGCGCACCCUUCAGGCGACUCGCCGAAUACCUCACGGCGCUUCGCGCUUGGUGAUGUGAGAGCCUGGUCCGGUGAGAACCCGGCGUGCUCCGUCCCGGCUUUGUAGGGAUGCGAGGUCAAUGGUCUAACGACUACGGCAUAUUGGACCGCCGACGGCCAGCAGUGCAGCGCAGGGUGGAGCCCCCAGUCGACCUCACUCCCUUCGACAGCGUGCGCCAGGGUCUGGCGGACAACAACACGGUGGGGUGGAGCCUCGCGCCAACGUCGAUCGAGCUUGCGACGAAGAUCUACCCGCACCCGCGGGCCAUCGGUUUCUUGAGCGACUUUUUGCACCAGGUCACCGGCAUCAUGCUUGACCAGCAACGCGCCAAGGUCUGCACGAUCAUGAUGGACAACGGCACCUUCGGCGCCGCGGCGGACCUCCUCGAGCAGCAAGCGGCCCGCCUCGACUCCCAGGCGCGGCGCCGAGAAGGGGUUAAGGCCGCGGCGGCGGAGACGGCGCGGCGGGCCCAGCUGGCGCAGGCGGAGGCUAGGCAGGCCGCCCAGAACGCCCCCUCCCCGGCGGAGGGCGGCGGCGGGGGCCCCGCGGACAAGGAAGCUGUGGUGGCCAGGGCGGUGGGGGCCGCGCGGGCGGCGGGCGAGGCGGCGGAGGCGGCCGCCGCCGAGGCGCGCGCGCUGGCGGCGGCGAAGGGGGAGCAGUGGCUCGGGGCCGAGUCGCUCUCGGUCGUACUGGCCGCGCUGCUCGAGUGCAAGCUGGGGACGGACGCGCCGGUUGGGGGGGGUGGGUUGCCGGCGGUGGCGCAGCCGGGCGGCGGCGGCGGUGAUGGUGGAGGAAACGGCGGUAGCGGCAGUAUCAGUCCCGCGCUGCGGGUCGCGCAGCGGGCUUGUCGGGCGAUCAUGAAGCAGGUCAGGGUGCUCAGCGAAGAAGAGCUCAAGAAGGAGAGCCAAGAGGCGCUCGGGCACCUCGUCCGAAACAUUAGGCACGUGAUGAUGUUCCAGACUUCUCCCGGGGUCCCUUACGCGGGAGAGAAGGAGAUGCGCGAGAACGUACGCUUCCACUCCGAGCUCGUGCUCAGGCACCUCAGGGCGUCGUCGCUGCCCAUGCGGCUGUGGGGGUGGGAGCAGACGGAGGACCUCAUCAACCAUAGCCACCGGCACCGUUGGAACGCGAAGGUGUACUUGGCUGACCCAACCUCCCCCGGCACGGACAAGGACGUGGACUAUUAUCAGCACAAGUCCAACAACCACAACAACUUCAUGCCUUGGCGCACGGGCUGGGAGGCGGCGUCCGACACCAAGCUGCUGGUGAAGGGUGUGAACCCUCCCCCGACGGUGACCCCUGUACCCAGCGAGGGAUACCUGUGCCCCCCAAGGGAGGAGUACAACACCCUGGAAUGGGAGCUUGCCCGUUGGAUCGUGGAGAACAAGCUUUCUUCGCGCCAAACGGCUUGUAGCAUGACCCCACAAGUCUUUCUCGACCCUUUCACUUUUCGACUCUACCGGGCCUAUAAUAGGCUAAACACAGCUUUUGCAUCUGCCCAGACUGCCGAGACCGACCGUGGACGUGUCGUGGGCAGACAGUAUUUUUUGCUUUUCGGACAAAGAAUCGAAAUGGACACGCCGAUGCCAUCCUUCCGCUGUUGGGACCACUAA